AUGGCGUUGCUCAAGUACGACAAUUAUCCAAAUGGAAAGGUAAAGGUUCUGUGCGGCGGCAUCCUCAUCAGUAAAUGGCACAUCCUCACUGCCGCCCUCUGCAUCGAAAAUCGUGCUGAUGUGGGGAAAAACAAUACACUGAAUGACAACCACAUUUGCGCCGAGGGAUCUGACAUCAAGCACAGCUGCAAGGGCGACUCCGGCGGACCGAUAUUCUAUGUGCACAAAUUCACGGGUCCGGAUACCUAUCGCUAUGUCCAGUACGGUGUGACCUCCACAGGAGGAGAUCUGUGCGGCAAAACCAAGAAGCAGAUGGAAAUCUUCACUAGCGUCAUCUCCAUGUUGCCCUGGAUCACGCAAAACGUCCUGUAG